AUGGAUCCAGCAAGACCCAGAUCGCGCGACGAGUUUAAAGUAGCUCUCAUAUGCGCACUUCCUCUCGAGGCCAAUUCAGUUCUGUCUCUUUUCGAUCAUCACUGGGAUGACGACGAUGGCAGUCCCCGUAUCGGAAAAGCCAGAGGUGACCCAAAUUCCUAUUCGAUAGGUAUCAUGUCCGGUCACCACGUCGUCUUGGCCCAUCCUCCUGGCAUAGGGACAAUAGCAGCCGGCACUAUCGCUGCGUUUUGCAAAUUAAGCUUUACGAGUAUCAGAUUGGCCUUAGUCGUCGGCAUCUGCGGAGGUGCCCCUAUGAACAAAGGGAUCCAAAUUCAUCUUGGUGAUGUGAUUAUCAGCACCGGCAUUGUGUCUUAUGAUUUUGGUCGUCGAUUUUCGGACAGAUUUGAGAUGAAGGAUACGUUGAGCGAAGUCCCUGGCCGGCCCAGCCUUGAAAUAAGAGCCCUAUUGGCGAAAUUAGAAACCACGAGGCAGACUGAAAGGCUCCGAAGUGCGACCUAUUACAUUCUCCGAAAAGGGAGCCGCCAGUCGUUUCCUUCUCCAAACAUUCAUUUUGGGAUAUUUGCAUCUGGAAACUCUGUUAUAAAAUCUGGGGAAGAGCGGGAUAGGCUUACUAAAGACAAAAAUGCUAUAGGUUUUGAGAUGGAGGGUGCUGGUGUAUGGGAUGUAUUCCCUUGCAUUGUUAUCAAAGGUGUUUGUGACUAUGCGGAUAGUCAUAAAAACAAGACGUGGCAACCAUUUGCUUCUGAUUCUGCUGCAGCAUGUGCUAAAGUGUUCCUAGGUCAUUGGCACUCUGAUAAAGAGGAUAUUCAAGGGGCGCCGAAUGAAGUGCCUGCUCUUCCAUGGCAUCCAGCUAUUCCACGGGACAGUUCCAACACACAAGUUCCAUCCGAACAUCCUUCUGGGCAGCUCUACGAUCCAACUACAGACCAAUCUAUCCAAGGAUACUAUAUCACGUCCUUCGGAGAUCCAACCACGAGGUUGGUUGAGGCUCUAGAGGCGGACUCUGGGGCAUGGAAUAAUGAAUGGCAUUCAAAAUCUCCACAAACCGAAGUCAACGAGGAUUUUUGCAGUUAUUACACAGAAACUGGGACUCCAGGCUAUAAUGGAACAGAUGGCGACUUCCAUAGCGCUCCAUUUAGCUCACGAGGUUCUUGGGAGCAGUAA